UCUCUCUUCCCCGUCACCCCCCGCGGCUUCUCUAUCGGGUUCCCGGCGUGCUGUGCGCUGUCAGCGAAUCUCGGCUGAGGAAUUAUGUCCCGGGACUGCCGCCCGUCCGCCCAGCAGGCUCCCGUGGCGUUCGAUGAUGUCGCCGUGUAUUUCUCGGAGGCGGAAUGGUGCAGUUUGAGGGACGAUCAGAAGACUCUCUACAAGGAAGUGAUGAAAGAGAAUUACCGGCUGAUCCUCUCGCUAAGUCGCCCUGAUAUCAUACUGAACAUCGAGCUGGGACAGGAACCGUACGUCACGAGCAGCCCCUCAUCUUCCAACGAUGACGAGAGCCCGGGCACGAGGCAGGAGCACCAACAAGAGGCACGAAGGAAAGAUCCCGGCUGCGUGUCCGGAGAAGAAAGGAGUGCGGAGAGAGGGAGCGGCGCGGAGACAAGCGGUGCGGAGAGAGGGAGCGGCGCGAGGAGACAAAGCAGAUACCCCAGAGUGAAUCCGUUCCGGUGGGUAAGAAAAGAGAAGAAGAGGAAGCACGCAGGGAAGCGGAGACGGGAAAGGCAUGCGAGCGAAAAAAGAGGCGACGUAACCACGGCGUCUGAAGAUGUAGAGGAAAAGGCAUCCGCUGAGGUGGUCGCGCAGGUUCCCCAAGCGGUCCUUCCGGACAGUCGGCCAUUAGACAGCCAGCCAACGGUUAAUGUCUGUGAGAAACACUCACAGACAGACAUACCGACGGAGCACGUCUCUGGCAAGACCGAGAAAUGUGCCGUGCCUAUAGAGCCACCCGGCCUCCACAAAGGUCCCCCCGACAAGCGUGACGCCUGCCCUGUCCCGUCUGCACGGCCCCGGCGUAAAGAUGGACAAACCGAUAAAAACAUAGAAAAUACAGACAUUCUCGGCAGUGAAGCCACCGCUGCGUGCGAUCCGAGCGACAAAACUGCAGAGGCUUCUGGGAAAGCUGUGGAUGUUUGUGGGGGGAGCGUUUUACCGAAUCCCUCGGAAGGUCCAGGAGCUUCUGACGCCACCAGAGAGACCGUAAACCAUAAAAGGGUCGAUAUCUCCGAGGAGACGGACAGACACGUCCUCCACACUGAAGACCUGAAACCUCCCGGCGAGGAGUCUUCUGCCCCGCAGCGCCAAAGCGUAAGCGACUUCCCCGCGAGUGACGAGAGCGAGGGGCGCUCCGAGAGCGCAGAGGCUCAGCCGAGACAUGAGCAGAACGCGAGACCUCAACGGGUCCCGACACCAAGCCCUCCUCGGGGAAAAGGCGGUUUUGUAGGAAGCCUGUUGGAAAUGCACAGUCCAGGGCCUCGGGGCGAUACGAACGCCAAUCAAAUGUCCCCAAAACACGCAGAGCUUUUCUCGUGUCCCGAAAUUCCGAGGUGCAAGUCAGAAAAGAGAAAACGCGUUCGCUUUAACGAGGUCGUCACCAUGUUUAUUAUCCAACCACUCAAGGGAACAGGAAGGGGAAUAAUCCACCGGCGGAAGAAUCGAGUACGCUUCGCAAACUCAAAUGAAAAAAGGACUUUAGUGACGGGUUCUCCGAAGCCCGGUCUCUCCAAACCGUGCCAGAGCGGCCCGGAGAGCGUGGCGAGGGGCUCCCUGAGUAAACGGAAGGGUAACCACGUAGCACGGAAAAGGACCGGGGUCUCUGUAAGGCAAGUUAAAGACCAUAAGGGGGCUAAACAGACGCCGGUAACAGAGAGACUCCAAGCUGGAAAACAGACUGUCGAGACAUCUGGAUGUACGGCCACGUUAUUAAAUGGGGCCGAAAAACAUGCAGGGGCCGGAUUAAGAUGCAAAGCAGAGGCUGAUCAAUCAGAAAACCUUAGCCAGGAAGGGACUGGAAAUUCCAACACGAACACGGCUAGCAAGGAGGCGUCUGAACACGUGGACGGGCCACGCGUGAGAGAGACUGAGCGUGACCUCAAGGCAAAGGAAGCCGGUACCAAACACGCCAUCAGGAGAGAGAAGGUGACCAAAGAACCAAACCUGACUUGGACUAAAACAGAAGUGGCUUCUCCCACCAGGCUUUCCGACCCCAAAACGCCACGAAACGGCGCAGUUAGACCUCAUCCGCCUGCACGCGAUGGCCACGCGGCUCCCCAGUCAGAGCUUGGUGCCCACCAGAAGGACUCCCGGUCUGAUUUGUGCUGUGUUGGCCAAGAAUACGGACGUAAUUGUAGACCCCCGGAAAAGAAUAAUAGAAGCAACAGAGGCUUUGAGAUAUCGGUGGAAGAACACGGAAGCCCCGGCACAGAGAUGCUCCAGGACUCGGCCCCCAGCGGCGGAUUCAGCAGCGAAACCAAGCGGACCCCGGACGAGGAAAACCUGCGACAAAGAACCCCAGAAGCCCAAACACACGGAACCGGCACCAGUAAUGCUAGCGAGUGCAGACCCGACCCCAUGCGCGAGGAAAGGAAAUUAAAUCCGUGCUGUAAGUGCGGAGCCCACAGCGACUCCGUCGGUGGAAAAAGCCCCCCGCGGACCUCCUGCAAAUGUAAGAGAAACGGUAAAACGACGUUACAGAAAGACAACAGUCUAAAAGACAGUCCGCAGAACAGCCCCAUCAGCAAAGGCAAACAUCAAGCCGUAAUCCCCGAGCCGGUUAUAAGUGCCCUCAAACGGCUCCCCACGGCUGGGUCUCACCAGGGCCACACCAGAAAAAAAUCCCGGCUUUGCGGUGAGUGUUUGGGUGAUCCCUGUAAUGAACGACAGACAUCUAUCCAAACCAGCGCAACAGUCCCCAAAAACACAGCGAAGAACCCCCAAAAACACAACGGUGCCAGCGAGAAACUCGCAGGAGAGAAUCCUCCGGAAACUCCCAUCUGCCCAAGGAAAGUGAAGAGGGGCAAAGCGGAAACGGGGGCCGCUGAGGAGAACGGAGCGAAGCCUUCUCCAGACAAAGAGAAACAUUCGUGCAACAUGCCGGAUUCUCCUGCCCAAAACGCCCCCGUCCCUUCUGGGUCACUUAAAACGUCACAGAAUAAGCCCUGUGUUUGUGUCAAAUGUGGGAAUCCCUUUGUAAAGAGAAGGGCAAAACCCGAGGAGGGCCAUCCGAAGACACGGAAAAAGCGCGGCAAAUUAACGGGACCUUUCAAGUGCAACGAGUGCGGAAAGGUCUUUACCCGAAACUUCUCCCUUUUGAUUCACCGCAGCAUUCACACCGGAGAGAAACCCUUUACGUGCCAGGAGUGCGGAAAGAAGUUCCGAGAAAACAACAGUCUGAAGUGUCACAUGAGAUGCCACACCAAAGAGAAGCCAUACUUGUGUCUGGAGUGCGGGAAGAGAUUCAGCCAACACUCGUCUCUCGUCAUUCACCAGCGCACGCACACGGACGAGAGACCCUUUGAGUGCAAAGAGUGCGGGAAGAGUUUCAGCGACCGCUCCACGUUCCUCCGCCACAAGCUCAUCCACACCGGGGAGAAGCCCUUCUCCUGCUCCUACUGCGGAAAGAACUUUAAUCAGUUGGCGCAUGUCAGGCGGCACGAGAAGAUCCACACUGGCGAGCGUCCGUAUGGCUGCGCGGUCUGCAGCAAAAGGUUCAUCGACCGCCCCAAGCUCGUUAAGCAUGAACAGAUUCACAAACGGGAAACCAAGUGAGGUUUUGGAAGAGAAGUAUAGA